AUGGACCAAAACGGCUCCAAUGGAUCCACACACGCCCCGCCAGUUUCAUACCCAACACCCGACUCCCCCAUAGGCAACAUCGCCUCCCUACAGGACAAAGUCGCCCUGAUCACCGGCGCCAGCAGCGGCCUAGGCAGAGCCAUCGCCCAAGCCUACGCCGCCGCCGGCGCAUAUGUCGUCUCGGCGGACCUGACGCCCAACCCGCCGCCAGCGCCCACGAUCGCGUCCAUCCACAAGGGCGUCGACAUGGUGACGCCGACGGUCGAGCUUGUCAACGCGAAGUGGCCGGCAAGUGGCCGGGAGCGGGCCAGUUUCGUCAAUUGUGAUGUUACGGAGGAGGAGAGUGUCAAGGGGGCGGUGGAGUUUGCUGUCAAGACGUAUGGGAGGUUGGAUAUUAUGGUUAACAACGCGGGAAUCUCCGCCGAGGUCAAAUCGCCCACCUACACCGGCGCGUUCCAACGCAUCCACGAAACCCCCCUCUCCGUCCUCGACCUCACCUACCAGAUCAACAUCAAGGGCGUCUGGCUGGGCACGAAACACGCGUGCGCCCAGUUCCUCGCCCAGGACCCGCACCCGCUGCAUGGCCGGACCGCCACGGGCGCCACGCAGGACGUCCACCGAGGCUGGAUCAUCAACCUGGCCAGCAUUUUGGGCAGUGUCGGCCUCGCGGGGGCGAACUCGUACGCGCUCUCCAAGGGCGCGGUGGUCAACCUGACGCGCGCGACCGCGUUGGAGUACGCCAAGGACGGCAUCCACAUCAACUGCAUCCAGCCUGGGUUCACGGACACGAGUCUAUUGGAGAACAUGUAUUCGCGCAUGGGCGCCGACGCGAUGGCUCAGUACAUGGCCAGCAUUCACCCGUGGGGUCGGACGGGAAAGGUCGAGGAUAUUGCAAGGGUGGCUGUUUUUCUGGCGGGCGAGGGAUGUAGUUGGGUUACGGGGCAUGGGUUGGUCGUUGAUGGGGGGUAUCUUGCGCAGUGA